CUGGGAAGGAGAGGACCAAACAAGCCCUUAUCACUAGAACCAGAGGGAGAGAUAGAGCUGCUGACGCUACGAGAGCUUGGAUAAAAGACUGUCAAUUUCUAGAAAGAAAACCAAAAAAAGUUGUAAACUUCGAGGCAGAAAAGCUCAGGCACUUCCCCAGCUUCAUGUACGGGAGUUUGAGACUGGGCUUUGUGCAAUUUGAUUUCGGUUAUUUGGCUGAACUGAAGAUAAAAUGAGUACACUAGAUGUAGCCAGAGCAGAACUUGGCCUUGUGGUUUUGUAUUUGAACAAAGCCGAAGCCAGGGACAAGAUAUGCAGGGCUAUACAAUAUGGUUCAAAAUAUUUGAGCAACGGAGAGCCUGGCACGGCCCAAAAUGUUGACAAAUCAACUAGCUUGGCACGGAAAGUUUUCCGUCUUUUCAAGUUUGUCAAUGAUUUGCACGCUCUUAUUAGUCCGACGCCUCCAGGAACUCCCCUUCCACUUGUUUUGCUUGGAAAGUCUAAAAAUGCACUGUUGUCUACUUUCUUGUUUCUCGACCAAAUUGUCUGGCUCAAUAGGAUGGGCAUUUAUAAGGAAAAAGAACGUGCGGAGCUAAUUGGCAGAAUAUCCCUGUAUUGUUGGAUGGGUUCUUCGAUCUGCAGUACCUUGGUUGAGGCUGCAGAGCUUGGAAGGCUUUCCUUAUCAAUGAACAAAUUAGAGAAGGAUCUGAAGGAUUUGGAUAAGUACAAGAAUGAGCAAUACCGUAGUAAACUCAAGAAGUCAAAUGAGCGGUCAUUGGCCCUGGUUAAAGCAGCCAUGGAUAUAAUGGUUGCAGUUGGACUGCUUCAAAUGGCACCCAAGAAAGUCAAUGCCCGUGUUACAGGUGCCUUUGGAUUUGUCAGCUCUCUCAUCUCGUGUUAUCAGGUAUUAACAAAUCGUUGCCGUCUUUCCGUUUUGUCAACUCCAGUCAUGCGUGUUAGCUCUUAGCCUCUUAGGGCUUGGGAAAUCAGUUCGUUCAUUUGAUGUUAGGGGUGGAGGAUAUGGUAUUUUUUAUAUGGGUUGGUAUAUAGAUGUGUUUUGAUACUCCUAGCUGCUUGGUCUUGAAUGGUUCAAUAUCACAAAGGUUAUGUUAACUAGAGCACGGGUAAUUCUGGUCUGGUAUGUGGGCUGGAAACAUGACGUGGCGCGCUUCGUGCUUUAAUAGUGGUAAAAAGGCGUAGAAUUGUAUAGGUUAGUCUAUUUUUGUUUGGUAAAAGAGAUUUUUAUUACCAAAAGAACAAAAAUACAAGGAACCAAAGGGGGCAUACCCCUGAGAAAGCAGAAGAACUACACAGUAAAAUUCAGAAAACUACUCAACAGCCCUAUAUACAUCAUGACUACAGAAUUUUCUCCGAGAUAUUCCAUGCUUGACACAAAACCUUGUUACCACACCCUAUCUCUCACAUCCUUUAUAAUCUGAUCAGAAAUGUUCUCUGGGAAGGGCUUUAGUUUUUUUGCCAAAAAAUACAGUCUAUCCUUGCCCUCCAAAUGUGAUUGAUCUCCUACAAAUGCCAAACUUCUGUAAGAUUUUUUCCCAGAUCAAAGCUGAAAAAGGACAAUCACAGAAUAAUGUGUCUAUGAGAUUCAUUACUCUUUAGAUAGUCCUUGUUUAUAAAUUUCUGUUUUGAAAUUCUAAUUGAUAAACAGUUGAACCCAUUGUUAGGAGCAUUGAAUCUUUUCUACAUUGUCCAAUCUUCCUUUAUUUUGGUUCAUUAUAUUUUUGAUGUUUCUCCUACAUGAAGAGGAAAACAUAGGACAUAAACAGAGAAAAACGUUGGGAUUGUUUUGGCACACUUCUUUCACCCUUGUGGAACCAAGGAGUGCCAUGUUUUGGAACGCACUGUUUUGAAACAUUAUCGAUUUCUGGCUGUAAUAGAACAAGCAUCCUGGAAUAUAAUUGCCCUUGUUCAGUACGCACUUUUAGAAAGUUAUAUUUCUGGAUGGAGCUCAAAAACUACAUCGGGUUAUUGGAUUCGAGUUACUGAGUAUUACUCUCACCUCCGGUAUUCUUGUUCCUUGUUUCUCGCCUAUGCAGUUGCUUCCAUCACCUCCACCCCAGAAGGCCAAGGCACCUUGAAGGGAGGCUGCUCCUAUGUCCAACAAAUCUUGAAUGCAAUUUGAAUAAUUAAUCGAAGGUUGUGAGGUACAUCCAUAUGUUGGUGUAGGGUUAUGAGCAAUUUAUACGGGGAGGGUGGUGUUCCGUUACAGUAAUGAUAAAAUAUGUUUCACCUUAUUGGUAAUUGGUUCGUGUCAAUAUCCACGUUGUUCAUUUCACCUA